UAACACACAUAUACACACACACACAAACAGACAAACACACACACACACACAUGCGCAUCCUCAUACAUCCCAGGACUUUAUCUGUUGUUCGGGAAAGAAGACCUCAGUCCAACGAGGAGAACAAACAGAGAAACAAGAAGCGACACUAAAGAGGAACUUUUAAAGGUGGAUUCUUAAUAUUACAACACUUCAUUAAAGGAUCUGGUAAAUAGAGUUGGAAACAAGACUGAAGAUGACAACUGGAGAAACUUUGACAAGCUUGUUGCUGUAGGAAGGCCUGCUGUCAGCCCAAAGCGGAGAUUGACCAUCUGUCACAUCCAGAGGAUCUGCUGUGAGUGCCAUUUCCCUCCCUCCUCACAUCAGGACUCCCACCCUCUUGUCAUCCCUCCACUGGGACAUCUCCAGAUCAUCAGCAUGCCUACAGCUUGCACAAGGUGCACCUUGGGAGUCUGACCCACCAUGUGCAGAUGGACGCCGUCCGUAGCUCAUCUCUGUCCUGAACCUGGCCUUGGCACCACCACUACUGCAGCCUCCGCUGGGCGACCUCUCCCUCUGCCCAGUGCAGCCUCCCUUUGCCUGGCAUGCUUCACCCUGCUCCUGGUCACCGCUGGCACUGCCACAGGGGCAUGUCCUCCUGGGGUAGGGCAUGAACCCCUUCAGGUGCUUGCGAGUGGCAUCAACUGUUCAUGGACGUUGGAAAGGCACACUCGCAGUUACAAUCACCUAGAGGGCGACGUCCGACUACGGCGACUUUAUUCUGCCAACAAGUUCUUCCUCUGCAUUGAUAAAACAGGCAAGGUGGACGGCACUCGGCGGAAAAACUACGCAGACAGCCUGAUGGAAAUCCGAUCUGUCAGUGUGGGAGUCGUUGCCAUCAAAUCUGUCAGCACUGGGCUGUAUUUAGCUAUGUCCAAGAAAGGCACGCUCUUUGGAUCGGUGAAGUACAACCCGAGCUGCAAGUUCAAAGAGCGCAUUGAGGAGAACGGCUACAACACGUAUGCUUCCCUCCGCUGGAAGCACGGCGGCAGGCAGAUGUUUGUUUCGCUGAACGGGCGAGGGAAGCCACGGCGAGGUCACAAGGCUCGACGAAGACACCCCUCUACUCAUUUCCUGCCCAUGCUCCCCUCCUAGCUGACCAAGUCUGAACUCUGACCGGCAACUGGCUGGCUCACCUGCCUCCUCACUCUAGUGUUGAUCUAGCUAUGAUGGCAAUCUUUAUUUUUAUUAUUCCAUCCUCCUGUCACAUAAAUGUACAUUUGUUGAGGUUUGUAACAUUUGUAGAGUUACUGUAGUAUAAUAUGUACUUUUAAGUUAUUUUCUCCAUUUUCUAAUGAUGUUCAGUAAUACAGUCCAAUACAGUAGAAUUAUACUAUCUUCAGGCAUUUGUCUCUGUGUCUGAACUGCAUGUAAAGAGGUGUUUGGGUGACUUUAAGAGGCUGAAAAGGGACAACAGGGCUUGGAAACAACAAAAUCUGGCUUAUUGAUUUGUAAGCCUAUUUUAGAUGCCAAGCAAAAAUAAGAAUGAAAGCAUCUGGUACAGCAUAAAUGAUAUUUAUCUCAUCUGUGAUAUCGCUAUUAGAAAAAGAGGCAACUUUGAAAUAGUUGCAAAUCACGGCCAAAGCUACCACUGAGGUCACUGAGGUCACAUCCUCAGUAAUUUUGUGGGCUUUUUGGGGGAGUCACAUUCAUUCAUUAAAAAAUAUGGAUAUUAGCAAUGUUUGUAAGCUUAAAUGUGACAACAAUAACAUAAUUUAAUUUUUAAAAAUGACAGUUGGAUCGGGGUUGAACUCAGCAUUUCUUUGGCUAUGGCUCUGCUUCAAAUCCGACAUCUUCACUGUUGCUUGGGAUAUACUGUACUGACACUACUGGAGAGACACUGUACACUGAACUGUACAGUCGAGACGAGAAUCUCUGCUGACUCAAACACUUUGAUAAAUGUACUAUUCUGUCUGUAUGUGUCUACAUAUGACAGGAGACAACAGAAACUAAGCUAAUAACUGGGAUAAAAUGCUGGACUUUUGUAUGUUUGUGCAUGUUUCUGUCAGACUGCUUCUCCCGUUCAACAACACACAGCUAAUGGAUUCAGCAUCAGUAAAGAUACAUCUGUGUCUCAUCUAGUCUCAGUACUUAGUUCAGUCAUGAAAUAAUAAUAUACGUUUUGAGUCAUUUAAUACAUUAGAGCAGCCGUAGGUACACCAGAUGUCACUAGCAGACACUUCAUUAAUUUUGUACACAGUAGUAACGGUUAUUACAUACUGCCUCUCUGUCAAGUCUUGCUAACAUUUUCUCAAGGCUGUUGCUAAUAGAACAUUUAAUAUAUUUAAAACAUUUUGUACUCUUUAACUGUUUGAAGUUGAUGUUUAUUGUUAUUGUCGACUUUUUUUUUGUGUUGGAUUGUAGUCAUACUGUUUAAAAAAA